CGGAUGCUCGGCGUGUAGAGAGAGAGUCGCUCUCCCCGAAGGCACAUUCGCAACCAUGCGCGAGAUCGUCCACAUCCAAGCCGGCCAAUGCGGGAACCAGAUUGGAGCCAAGUUCUGGGAGGUCAUCAGCGAUGAGCAUGGCAUCGACCCCACCGGCAGCUAUCACGGAGACAGCCACCUUCAGCUGGAGAGAAUCAGCGUCUACUACAAUGAAGCGGCUGGAAACAAGUACGUUCCCCGGGCAAUCCUCGUUGAUCUGGAGCCGGGUACAAUGGACUCAGUCAGGUCUGGACCUUUUGGCCAGAUCUUUAGACCUGAUAACUUUGUCUUUGGCCAGAGUGGUGCUGGGAACAACUGGGCCAAGGGCCACUACACAGAGGGAGCUGAGCUAGUGGAUUCGGUGAUGGAUGUAGUAAGGAAGGAGUCUGAAAGCUGCGAUUGCUUACAGGGCUUCCAACUCACCCACUCGUUGGGUGGGGGCACUGGUUCUGGCAUGGGAACGCUUCUCAUCAGCAAGAUUAGGGAGGAGUAUCCUGAUAGGAUCAUGAACACCUUCAGCGUAAUGCCAUCUCCAAAAGUCUCAGACACGGUGGUUGAGCCAUACAACGCCACCCUCUCUGUCCACCAGCUGGUCGAGAACACAGAUGAAACCUACUGUAUUGACAAUGAAGCUCUGUACGACAUCUGCUUCCGCACAUUGAAACUCACAACUCCGACCUACGGCGAUCUCAACCACUUGGUAUCUGCCACCAUGAGCGGAGUGACCACCUGCCUCCGGUUUCCCGGCCAACUGAACGCAGAUCUUCGCAAACUGGCAGUCAACAUGGUGCCUUUCCCUCGCCUGCACUUCUUCAUGCCGGGAUUCGCGCCCUUGACGAGUCGCGGCAGCCAACAAUAUCGUGCCCUGAGUGUCCCGGAGCUGACUCAGCAGAUGUUUGAUUCCAAAAACAUGAUGGCGGCCUGCGACCCCCGCCACGGCCGAUACCUGACGGUGGCAGCCAUCUUCCGGGGCAGAAUGUCCAUGAAGGAGGUGGACGAGCAGAUGCUGAAUGUCCAGAACAAGAACAGCAGCUACUUCGUAGAAUGGAUCCCCAACAACGUGAAGACGGCCGUGUGUGACAUCCCUCCCCGGGGCCUGAAGAUGUCCGCCACCUUCAUCGGCAACAGCACCGCAAUCCAGGAGCUCUUCAAGAGGAUCUCCGAGCAGUUCACAGCCAUGUUCCGACGGAAGGCUUUCUUGCACUGGUACACCGGCGAAGGCAUGGACGAGAUGGAGUUCACGGAAGCCGAGAGCAACAUGAAUGACCUGGUCUCUGAGUACCAGCAAUACCAAGAUGCUACUGCAGAUGAGCAAGGGGAGUUUGAGGAGGAAGGAGAGGAAGAUGAAGCUUAGGAGGUUUGAGUAGGGUUAGUCCAUAGGCAAGUGUCCAAGAUGAGGGCUGUUCAACUGUACCAGUGCAUGCUUUUCCAGUGGUUCUUGGUGCUUUUCACUGUUACCUCUGUCAGCAGUUUUUGUAACUUCACUCUUUAUGUAGUUGCAAAAGAUUUCUGGGGAGAAAAGUCUUCUGUUUCAAUGUCUAAUCUCAAACAUAAGAAGUAUUUGUGUUUCUCAUUGGUGUCUGGAUUUUUUCUUACAAAACGUCAUAAGGCUAAUUGAUUUAGCUAAUUGAAGGAAUAUGGCAAGCUGAUACUAAUUUCCUUUUGCCUUUACAGUCUGGGCUGUCAGUUAAAAAAUAUAAAUAUUGUUUCUUUGUGAUUCUGCAGUUUAUAUUUCUCCCUGUAAGUUACAAUAGCUCUUAAGGAAUUUUGACCAAGUAAUUAUUCAUUCUUUCCGUAUAAUGCAUACUCACCACUGGGCUGUAGUCCUUUAGUACAAUUUUAGGGAAAUAAAUUUAUGGGCUUUGGUUAUAGAUGUUUGAAAAGUUGUAGCCUGCCAGUCUGCUUUUUGAUGCUUUCUCUGCUGUGUGAAAAUUCCAGCCCCUCUCCCUUUUUUCAACAUUUUGGGGUCUUGGUGAGAGUUAAGGAAAAUGAAUGCCUUAAACUGCAAAAAUAUAAUUGGAGAGGUGUUCAUGGCCUGCUAUGUAAAUCCUAGAAUGGCCCAUAAGGCAACAAAAG